UACCUCUCGUAUGGAUCCAAAAAAGCUUGCAAAACAAACAGACAUUUGAUCAUAUUCAAUGGUUGUCAGUGCCUUGUUGCUUCCCUAUUAUCAGUGUUACCAGCAGUACAGAAGGCUCAAGCUAACUCAGGAUUCCUAAAAUCAGCAGCAGUGACAAUAUUCACCGUAUUCUCGACAUGGAUAGCCCUCUCUCACGGACCCCAAACCACUUGCAAUCUCAAAAUGAAUGCCUCUCUUCCUAAACUGAAUGGACCAAAUGACUUAAGCAUUCAAGCCAUAUCAAGCAGUUGUUUAACAUUACUUGUCCUGAUAUAUGAAUCCAUCUCGUCUGGUUUGACAAGAUCCAAAUCAAAAAUAUGGCCAUUUGCGCAUGACAAGAAGGAUCGAUCAUUGGCAAAGCCAUCCGUUAAAGACAGUGAUUCAGAUGACGUGGUAACAUACAACUUUUCAUUUUUUCAUUUUGUGAUGCUCGUAAGUGCUACUCAUGUAAUGAUUAACUUAACAAACUGGUAUGUUCCUGACUCCAAUUCCAUGGAUUUUAAAACUUCCUGGACAGCAGUGUUAGUGAAAAUGAUCUCAAGCGCUGCAAGCGUGUGGGUUUAUAUAUGGACUUUGAUUGCGCCUGUUCUGCAAUCAAUCUUUUACUCUACUACAAGAUCUGAUGAGGAAUCAAGCAUUUGCUCUGACUCAAAAGGUCAAGGUGAAUCUGGAAAAAGUCAAGCAUCAGCUGCGGAAAUGGGCGACCAAAUGAAAACGGUUCCCUCUCAUUUAGAUGCCAUCCAGAUACAAAAUAAAGAAGGUACCGACAACAAACAUAUUCCGGUGCGUCCUAUUUCUAGUAACAAUGAAAGCGUAAAGGUUUCGCACGGAAGUAUGAGUAGGAAAUCCUCAUUACAUAGUUUGAGUCCAAAAUCUGAUACGGAAAGAGAAAUGCUUCGACUUCAAAACAAAGUAAUAACUCUUCAGGAAAAGAUAGCAAAACUGCAAACCAAAGUUGCAACGCUACAAGGCUUAAAUAUUUAAAUACUGUUGCAUAAAUAAAUAGAUAGAAAAUAGA